AUGAUUGUUGAGGAAGGAGACCGGCCUGGAGGGGCUAGCUACUUUCCACACCGACAGAAACAAAGAACUCAGAGGAACAGAAACGAUUCAUGUGGGUUUGGAAACAUCAUCUCCAAAAGUGAUCUGGUUCAUUCAGGACCUCCUGAGGUCUUCCAGCUGAGAACAAAGAAAGAGAAGAUUGGUCGUCUGACCACAGUAGCUGUUGGUGAAAGACACAAAAGCAAAGCACAUAAAACCAUCCUGCUUGUUGGAGAAACAGGAGCCGGAAAAUCCACUCUAGUCAACGCUCUGUUCAACUACGCCGUGGGAGUGAAGUUUGAGGAUGAAAUCUGGUUUCAGGUCGUGGAGGAGGACAGAAGUCAGACGUCAGAUGUGAUUGUUUAUGAGAUCUUUGGUUUUCAGGACCAGACUCUGCCGUUCUCUCUGACCGUCAUCGAUACUCCUGGAUAUGGAGACCCACAAUCGCCCGGUCAUAAUACCAGGAUCAACCAGCAAUUAGUGGAGUUAUUCCAGUCAGAUGGUGGCAUUCAGGAAGUUCAUGCAGUAGGUCUGGUCAUGAAGGAGGAGGAGAGUUCAGUAAACGACCAGCUGAAGUACAUCUAUGAUGUUAUUUUGUCUCAGUUUGGAAAAGAUGUGGAGAACAACAUCGUAGCUCUCAUGACAAACUCAACUGGAAAACCACCUAAAAAAGUUCUUGAAGCUCUUGAAGCUUCAAACAUUAAAUGUGCCAAAAAUGAGAAGAAUCAAGCUGCCUGCUUCCAGUUUGAUAACUGCCAGGAUGAGGAGCGAACAGAAGAUUCAGAAUUAUCUAUAGAGAAUGCUUGGAGAGUAACAGAGAGAGGAAUGAGACAGUUCACAGCCUUUCUGGGUAGAUCUUCCCCUCAGCAGCUGAAGGUCCUGACAGCAGAGCAGAAAGAACGGCUCAGACUGACGGCCUGCAUCCAAAACCUGCUGGAGAGAAUCAGGUUCACUGAGUUAAAGCUCAGAGAUGUAGAAAUGAUUCAAUGGGUUCUUUGGAACAGCAAAGACAAGAUGAAAAGUUAUCAGAGGUUUACUGUCAGCAUUCCUGAGACCUACAAAGAAGAAGAACCUCUCAACGAUUCAAGGUGUGGUUUUGAGACGGCCGUCUGCUGCCUUGUCUGUCUGGAGAACUGCCACUACCCUGGAUGCACAGAGGCUCCAGAUGCUCAGCAGUGUGAGGUGAUGAGGGGGGAGGACUGUUCUUCAUGUACCAACAAGUGUCCCGUGUCAGACCAUAGUAAUGGCAGCACCCUGUGGUAA